AUGGCUUCUUUACAACAAUUUGCCAAAUCAGGUUGCUUUCAAAUUCUCUCAAUUGAGAUAAUAUGCUUGGAUGCCGCAAUUUUUGAACGUUAUGAGAAUCGCAUUUUGCUAGCCUUCACUGGCUCUAUGACAGGCGCCUCAACAUCGUUCGCUUUGACCGACUUUGUUAUUCCUCUAAGUUCUAGUAUUGAGAUCCAGUUAAUUAUUGCAGUUUACGCCGCACUCGCAGACGCUAUCACUACAGAGUCGAUGGACAUUACGAUUAAUAUCCCAAAUUCUUCUCUUGUCCUUGCAGUUAACACAAUGGUCUCUUCUGGUACCUACAACAUCGUACCACGAUCUCACGAGUCACAAAACACCAAUUUUUGCCUGGCGAAAUUGUGUGUCUUGAUCGAAGUUCUAAAGGAGCAUGGGGUUCAAGUCAGGGCGGAGUUCAGAAAUCUCGAAGCAGUCACAACAAUCGAUGUAUAUAAUAAAUUCGCAUCCAUUUUCUUCGAUUACUAUUUUACAUAA